AUGGGAGAAGCAAAGGAUACGGAAGGGGGGAUCAGUGCAAGUCAUUCGGAGUUUGCAUACGCUGGACCUACUUCGAUGGAAGUUCCUCGGGUAACAUGGUGGAAGCAUCGUGGUUUGCGUAAGCUUUACCCGAUGAUGCCAAUCUUGUUUCUUGGGUCUACUAUCAACGGAUAUGAUGGGUCUCUUUUGAACGGGCUACAGACAAUGACCCCUUGGCAGGACUACUUCAACAAUCCAAGUGGCUCUACCUUGGGGCUCUUCACGGCAAUUCAAAACAUCGGUGGUGUUUGCGCACUGUUGUUCUCCUCUUAUAUCGCCGAUACCCUUGGACGAAGAGCCGGUGUUACCCUUGGCUUGUUGGUCUUGUUUGUUGGAACCAUCAUCCAAGUUGUUCCCUCGGUAAACUCCAACAUGUUUCUUGCAGGGAGAUUUCUCGUCGGUCUAGGAUCCAACGUGAGCCAGGGGUCCGCUCCUCUGCUCAUCACCGAACUCGCCUACCCUCAGCAUCGUGGAAAAUUGACCACUAUGUAUAACACGCUAUGGUACCUUGGCUCCAUCAUUGCCGCAUGGACAAUCUUUGGAACAAUAAAGUAUACCUCAGAGGCUGCGUGGAGAAUUCCAGUGGGCAUGCAGGCGGCCAUGCCUCUCAUUCAAGUUCUUGGCAUCUGGUUCCUGCCCGAGAGUCCCCGCUGGCUCUGUGCAAAAGACCGUCCAGAUGAGGCGUUUGAUGUGUUGGUCAAGUAUCAUGGAGCUGGAAACAGAGAUGAUGCAUUCUGUGCAUUUGAAUUCCACGAGAUCCAGCAGACAUUACUCUUAGAGAAAAUCAACUCUAGUGACGGAUGGCAAGUCCUGAUACAAACACCGGGGAACAGAAAACGUCUCCUUCUCAUUGCACUGGUCUCUUUCUUCUCACAGUGCUCAGGCAACGGGCUGGUGUCAUAUUAUCUCCAUGACAUCCUCAAAUCAGUCGGUAUCACAUCGUCUUACGAUCAAUCUAUGAUCAACGGCGCUUUGCAGAUAUGGUCUCUGCUAGUCGCCGUUGGAUUUUCUGCUUUCCUUGUUGAUAUUCUUGGUCGGCGUCCCUUAUUUAUGAUCGCUGGUGUAGGAAUGCUGAUCAGUUUUGCAAUUUGGACCGGGUGCUCGGCGGUAUACGCUCAGACUGGAAAUUCCAGUGCGGGCUCCGCGGUCAUUGCCAUGAUCUUCCUCUUCUACGGCGUUGCGGGCUUUGCCUGGCCUGGUCUCACCGUGGCAUACCCAGCCGAGAUUCUCCCUUUCAAUAUUCGGGCCAAAGGCAUCGCUAUUGGAAUGACCCUGACGGCUGCAUCAUCCGUAUUCAACCAAUAUGUCAACCCAAUUGGCUUGGAAGCUUUGCAGUGGCGGUUUUACUUUGUUUACAUAGCUAUUCUUGUUGUCGAGUGUGCCUGUAUCUGGUUCCUCUUCGUGGAGACAAAGGGUCCAACACUCGAGGAGAUUGCAGCGUUAUUUGAUGGCGAAGAUGCAAAUGUGGCAAGUAGUGGGCGAGGCCAGCAAGAACUGAAAAUUGCGGAUGAAGCUACCAGGCGGCCCUAG